UCUACCGCUCAGGUACUCUUACAGUGAUGCAGCUUACCUGGCCUUAGCGCGUCUUCACGGAAUACGUACCGCGACCCUGAUCUUUUGGACCACAUCGAAUGUAUACAGGAAGCGAAAGUAGGGAGGAUAUCCUUCCAAGUCUUCUUGCGAAUUGCGUCCGAACAUGGCCUCAAGCAAUCUCGGCCACCUUGCCUUACCUCCAAGGGAUGAACUUACCUCUGGGCCUUUGUCGCCGGGAACGGGAACACCGCCAACUUCUGGCCUGUCGUUGAGGAGCACAAAUCCGCUCAACUCCAAAGUCACCAGCGUCUUAUCAACCUCGUAUGCGGACGCAGAAUUUCGAGAUGCUCUCACUCUCUUGGACGAGCGCGGGGUUACCAACAACGCUGAUGCCCGGCGCCAGUUGCGCCUGGAUAUCCAAAAGGAUGUCAUUGAAAGCAACGGAGAAAUCAUUACUGAAUUCGGCCGAGUUGCUGAGCAAUUACGCCGCAUAGGCACGACUAUAGAGAAACUCAACAAAAGCUAUCAUGACAUGAAGGGUCAUGUCACAGCUGCCCAUCAGUCAACAGCUUCCACUCUGGAGGAAGCAUCCAGCCUUAUGACGCAACGGCGAGAUGUUGAAAAGAAGCAAGAGAUUCUCAGAGCUUUCCGGGAGCAUUUCAUUCUCUCAGAGGAUGAUGUCGCACUGCUGACUUUGACUUCUGAACCCGUAGACGAUCGUUUUUUCAUGGUGCUCGCAAAGGCAAAAAAGAUCAGAAGCGAUUGUGAAGUGCUUCUUGGUUUCGAGAGCCAAACACUUGGACUAGAGAUCAUGGAGCAAACAUCUAACAACCUUAAUCAAGCUUUCCAAAAGCUGUAUCGAUGGACGCAGAAGGAGUUCAGAACUCUCAACCUAGAAAAUCCUCAGAUCAACUCAUCUGUCCGCCGAGCACUUCGUGUUUUGGCUGAGAGGCCAUCGCUUUUCCAGAACUGUCUCGACUUCUUCGCUGAAGCACGAGAGCAGAUUCUUUCUGAUGCAUUCUAUCUCGCAUUGACAGGUACUUCGGCGUCCGGUCAAGAAGAUCACUCUGUGAAGCCGAUCGAACUCGUUGCACAUGACACCUUGCGCUACGUUGGAGACAUGCUCGCCUGGACUCAUUCAGCCGCUGUGAGCGAGAGAGAAGCUCUCGAGGUGCUAUUUGUAUCAGAUGGUAACGAGAUUGCAAAAGGCAUACAGGAGGGUCGUGACAAUGAGAUAUGGAGGCUCGUGGCUGACGAGGCAGAUGGUGUGUCUGAAUUCGAUGCCAUCAAAGCCCUCAAUGACCUAGUCGAUCGCGACGUCUCUGGUGCAGCGCGUGUGCUGAGGCAGAAAAUUGAGCAGGUGAUUCAAACAAACGAAGACACGAUAUUGGCAUACAAGCUUGCCAAUCUCUUGAGCUUUUAUCGUUUCACCUUCUCGAAGCUUUUGGGGUCUCAGUCUAUUCUUCUAGAGUUCAUGAUGAACUUGGAGACUGAAGCGCUUCGGCAGUUCCGUUCCUUGAUGAGAGAUCAUAUCACGACUCUACAAGCAGAGUUCCAGCAUACACCUUCAGACCUCGGCCCACCAGAUUUCUUGCAGGACUCUCUCAAGCAGUUGACCGCCAUAAUGAAAACCUACGAGACCUCCUUGGCGUCAACUGGAGACAGGGAAGCAGAUUUCCAGCCAAUCCUCAGCGAAUCUUUCGAUCCGUUCAUCUCUGGUUGCGAGAACAUGUCAAAAACAAUCCAACCUCCUUCUAAUUCUGUAUUCUUCAUCAACUGCCUCGUCGCAGCUAAAUCCGCUUUGGCACCAUUUGACUUCACAAAGAGACGAGCGGAGAUCCUACAGUCUAAAAUAGAAGAGCAUGCUGCUAAACUUGCUGUUAUUCAAUAUGCAUAUUUCAAAAGCAAAUCAGGGCUGAGCGCUUUAUUCGAUAUUCUUGGACCACUGAACAAUACGAAAGGAGACAUCUCCAAGCUCAAUGGCAUGAAAGUUCUCGUCCCUGAAUCUCUGGUAGCAGCCAGCCAGAGCCUUGAUGACUUCUUGCCAUCUGCGCUCAUGGACGCAACAGAGAACUUGCGCCAUCUUCAGGAUUCUAAGCUGGCACGCGAAGUAACGGAGGAGGCAGCAGAGAAAUUUUGUGUUGACUUCGAGCACGUGGAAGAGAUCCUUAUCGGCGCGGACGAAGCAGCAGAGCAGGAAUACGCAGACGAGCAGGGACACGACUCAGAUGGGCCGCCCAACUUGCGCGCGCUAUUCCCCAGAACUACAGGCGAAAUUCGGGUUCUUCUUUCAUAGACUCGAACAUGACUAAUUAUUCCUAAUUUCCACGUCAUGCAUGUCGGUGACAUCCACACAACCCUCUCUGGCCACGUGUCUACGUCCUUGAUGCAUAAAGAGGACCUCAUUUACUUUGGAGGCUGGCAAUUGCCUCUCGAUAUAUCGUGCAUU